UGAGAUGAAAAAAAAAGGAAUCGAUAAAUUCGUGUUUAAACGAAUUCGUAAAUCGCGCCCUUUCGAAAGACGCGUCGCCAUAAUGCUGCAGCUGGCGAAUGAACGUUCGGGCGGGGGAAACGAAAGACGUACAUCCACCAUAACGGCUUGGACUUCUGUGACGUCUUCAAUGGCCGCCGCCGUAUUGUCUACACACGUAACGGAGCGCGGUACACUCACAAACCGCGUUCCGUGGUGGUUUACGACGUAGCGUUUACUGUUUAUCGUUAGAAUAUUCCACCAGGCUGUGGCCCGACGCGCGAACCAUGGGCUCGAAGAAGCAUAAAAAGCACAAGCGCGAAAGGCAAGAAGGAAUUUUGACUACGUUUUCACCACGGACAAACUGAGAGUGAGGUUGGAGUAGAAGUGAGGUGGAUUCAAAAGUAUAAACGAAGGUUCCACAGCAACAGGUGCGACGUGGAACAGAAGGCCACUAUACAAUCACGGAUAAACCCCGUACCUUGAAGUUAAUUUUAAAGGUGGGAGGUAGUAGUGGUACACCUGAAUACGGCAACGAAUCUCCGAGUCAAACAGCAAUGUUGUCUCAACAUUUAGGUGUUUACCAGCAACAGUUGGGUCUCAACUGCUCUGUGACACAGGAAUCUGAAUAUGAUAGGUAUAUGGGGCAUAAGAAACUUAAGAAGAAAAAGAAAAAGAAGGAUAAAAGGCACAAGCAUCAUCAUAAAGAUAAGAAAAGGCGAAGAGAAGAGUCCAGUCAAGAGUCGGUUGGAGAUGCGGAUGAAAGUUUAGCAGAAGUCCCCAAAAAGAUUCCUAAUCACCAGUUGUUACCUCCAAGACCCCCUUCUAGUGGAGAACACAGAAUUGGUGUUACUAGCCAUAUUAGCUCUCUUUCUCCACACCGUGAACCACGGACUUGCGUGCUUAGGAAAAUUGCCGAGCGUACACCUCUUCAACGAUUACUAGAACAUCUUCUUAGGUCAAUGGAAAAACGUGAUCCACAGCAGUUUUUUGCUUGGCCAGUCACAGAUAGCAUUGCGCCUGGCUACUCUCAAAUCAUUACUAAUCCCAUGGAUUUCAGUACCAUAAAACAAAAGAUUGACGACAACAAUUAUCAAAAUUUAAACGAAUUUAUAGAUGAUUUCAAAUUAAUGUGUGAUAAUGCUACUACUUAUAACCACCCGGAUACGAUUUAUUUCAAGGCAGCUAAAAAAUUGUUACACGUCGGCCUAAAAAUGGUUACACCCGAGAAGCUUCGACAGCUAAGACCUGUUUUAACUUAUAUGCAGGAUAUUUCGAAAGAGGAACUUGGAUUUGAAUUAGGCACAGAGGAUCCUAACAAUCCGGAUGUUCCGGUAACUGAAGAACAAAUAGAAAGGGAACGAGAACAGGAGGAGCGUAACGAGGAAGCCGAAGAACUUAGGAAGGAGAACCAGAGGAAAAUGAGAUUAGCAAAUUUAGGUAAAUUCGAAGCUAUUCCGGAUGAUCUGACUCCGGAGGAAAUUUUGAAACAAGCGCGGGGCGCUGCUAAGGCGGCAUCCGAAAAGUUAACGCUCAAAAGGUUGAACUCAAAAAUGGGUUUCCUUAGGCAAAAGAAAGAUGGAACUACUAGUUUGCAAAUAAUAGUGCCAGGUGACGGUGUAAUUCCAGGAACUAAUCAAAGACCAGUAUCGUUAGGUCAGCUAAUAGGUAAAUUGAGUCAUGGUACAGGGGCAUUAGCAGGAUUCCGCGAAGACAGAAGGAACAUGUCUAAACCAGUGAAACCAUUAUACUAUGGUGCCUUUGGCUCUUAUGCCCCAAGUUAUGACUCUACAUUUGCCAAUCUUACAAAAGAGGAAACUGAUUUGGUGUACCAAACGUAUGGAGAUGAAACGGCUGUACAAUACGCGGAAUCUAUUUUAGAUUUUGCUAAAGACUGUGAUUAUACGUUAACUAUGGUCGACGAUUUAUUGGAUAUCUUGACAGGGGGUGAUCACAGGAAAACCAAAAAGUUCCUUGAGGAAAAACGAAGGCUCAAAGAGGAAGAAGAGAAAAUAAAGCAUUUGUUAGAAAAACCUAUGCAAGAUGUGAAUCGAAAUAUCCCAUCUAUGGAAAAUGUCAAAGUUGACAUCGAUCAAUUGAAGACGCUUUCAGAGUUAGGAAUUGACGUGAAUUUCUUGGAGAAUCUAGAAGAAGACGUGAAGUUCAGCGAGGAACGAACAGCCCUGCAGAGUCGUUUGGACGAUACGUCUCAGAUGUUGAAUCGUUUGAAGCAAGUACAACACGAACGACUCUCAGCUCCACCGCCUGCACACUUAUCGAAUGUUCCUAAACCAUCAGAAAUUGAGGUGACGAUAGCUGAUAAAAUCACGGACAAUUUAACAGAAAUAGCGAAGAAACUUCCUCCUUCGGCUAUUGCGCCUGUAGAAGGUUUGCGAAAGGCUAUGGGUAUAGCACCUCUCGGUGGUCCAGAGCCUAUGGAAGUUGAACCCAUCACGCAUAAUCCGACUAUCGUCGCAGACAAUAACUUGUUGUCACAAGCCAGCAGUAAUCAAGUUCCAACGAAUCUGUUGCAAACUCCUACACCGAUUCCAAACGCUACUCUGCUCAGCCCAACUAGCCAACAAACUCAACCGAUCAGUAUCGUGAACGCGAAUCAAUCGCCUAUUCAGAUACAGAUUGGUAUGACUCACAGUCAGACACCGCCAUCUUUGCUCGGUACAACAGAAACAUCUGCGGUGCCUGAUCUGGAAACUGAACUUCGUGAGUUUUUAGAGAGCGAUCCUACAUUAGGACACUCUCCUCUUCACGAUGACAAGACUUUGGAGGACAUUUUAUCCGAGUCUUAGAGUGUACGAUUCAUUUUUCGUUUAUAUUAGGGAUGUUGCGGGUACCCGAGAUUACGGGCUCGGACUGGGUUCGGAAAGAUUUGAACGUGCUGAGUAAACCAAAAGUAUCAUGUUACGUUCAAAUUUUUCUAAUUUCGCAUAUUUCCAAAUCCUUACGGAGUAAGGAAGAUAAUUUCGUGCUGCUGAACCGAUCUCACCCAAAUUUUUCCAAACCCAAUUUAGAGCUCUAAUUUAUAUACCUCCCAUAGGUUGUACAUUUUUCUUACGUAUAAACAACAGUAGAUUUAAUGCCAGAAUGCGUAUAUUUAAGUGUAAGGACGUGUCUCUAAAACGUAUUGUCAGUAUGAACAGUAUACUGUGUUUUGUACGAAUAUUAUUUAUAAAGUUUACAUAGUGAAUUGUAUUACGGUAAACUUAAAAAACUGAUCGGGAUAUUGUUUAAUUUUAAUUGUUAAAGAGACUUUAAUGAAGGAUGCCCAAAGAUUAAUCAAGCGAAAGUUUAUUUUUUUUUUUAUGUUUUGCUCUCUUUCAAUUGUGGACCUUUUAAUGCACAAAAUAUUAGGGGCAAAGAAAUUGUAUCGGAAUCAGUUUAGAGUUUUUAUCAUUGCAGUGGCGUCAUUAAAUAUUUUCACACAUUAAAAUGUGACAUAAAGAUUGUAAAUAUUUAUAAAUUGUAUUUUUAAACAAAAUUUAUGGAAAAAAAUAUUCAAUUCAUGAUCAUUAUCAAACAUUGGUCAGUUAAUCAUUUUUUCUUACUUAAUCAUAAAAGACAGAAUACCGUGGAAUGAAAGAUA